UCUAUUCUAUUCUCAAAACAUGGCGUUGGGAAUGUCUCGUAUCAAGAUAAAAUUAUGAGUGAGAGUUUUGUGACAAUUUGGGCUUAUUUUGUAGUAAGCGCAUGCGUUUAAAAGAUGUCUUCUUUACAUUUUGUUGUUCAUCCACUUCCUGGGACGGAGGAUCAGCUAAAUGACAGGCUGAAGGAGGUGUCGGAGAAGAUAAACCGGUUCGGCUGCGCGACGCCGGCGGCGGUGGCGAGCCUGAAGGUGGCGGUGAAGCGCAUCGUGGUCGGACCGAACCACUUCGCCCUGCUGCUGGAGGACGGGCGCGUCUGCCGCGUGUCCUUCUCCAUCCUGUCGGACCGGCUGGACCUCAGCAAGAACGACCCCGCCAAGAAUGUGAGCAGCAGCAAGGUGGGGGGAGCCGGCGGGGCGGGCUCCAGCUCCGGCAGCCGCCAGCUGACCCGCGCCCGUGCACGCAUCAUGCGCUCCAACACAGCCCUGCGCGGGGCGGGGGGCGUCCCCAGCAGCGGCUCGGGGGGGCGCGGGGCCCCGGGGGUCAUCAUGGGGGCCAGCAGCGGGGGCAGUGGGGGCGGGGGCAGCAGCGUGGGGCCCCGCCCCAUCGUGCCGCCCCUCUACGUGCCGGAGGAGCUGGUGUCCCAGGCGCAGGUGGUGCUGCAGGGCAAGAGCCGCAACCUCAUCAUCCGAGAGCUGCAGCGCACGAACCUGGACGUGAACCUGGCGGUGAACAACCUGCUGAGCCGCGACGACGAGGAAGGGGACGACGCAGACGACGCCCCGGACUCGUACGUGCCGGAGGACCUGAUAUCCUUGCUCGACGGAGGCUUCCACGCAGACCACUCCGUCAUCAUCGACGCCGACGCCAUGUUUUCCGAGGACAUGUUCGGAUACUCCGCCAUCAGGAACCGGGGCAGCUCCGGCAGCAGGCGCCUGACCCUGGAGCGGGACCGCGAGGCGGACAGAGAGAGAGACCGCGAGAGAGACAGCUUCUCUCGUUGGCGCGACCGGCAGUAUUUCGGACCGCGGCGCUGGCUGGAGAGCGCGCUCAGGGACUCAUCGUGGGACAAAGAUCCAGAUGCGAAGAAGAAGGAGUACGCGACGCAGAGCCCCCUGUGGAUGUCGGACGACCUGGAGUUCUGGCCCGACCGCGGCUCAGAGUCGCUGCCCCAGUUCGCGAUGAUCGCGGCGCUGCACAGCGAGCUGGUGGCCGUGUCGGCCUGCGGCCAGCUCUACCAGUGGAAGUGGAACGAGGCGGAGCCCUACCGCCACCCCGAGAACCCGGCGGUGCACCACCCCAAGGCGGUGGCGCUGGCGCUGACGUCGGAGCAGGUGGUCCAGAUCUCGGCCACGGUGAUCCGCUGCUCGGUGGCCACGGAGAGCGGCAAGGUCGCCACCUGGCUGGACGAGCAGCUGAGCCACGCCUCGGCCAAGCUGGAGCACCCGGCCCAGAGCUUCACCGAGUUCACCCUGGACCACGUGGUGUCGCUGCACACCUGCCUGCUGUACACCGUCGCGCGCCUCGCCAGCGGCGCCCUCUACUGGUGGGGCGUGCUGCCGUUCAGCCAGCGCAAGCGUCUGUGGGAGAAGUACCGCGCCAAGUCUCGAAAGCACCGGCCCUCCACGGCGAGUGCGGAGAUCGUGUGUGGCAGCCAAGUGUGCAUGAAGAACAGCCCCAUGUACCAGCCGGGUGCCAUUGGUUUCACCGUCUCGGGCGGCGUGCCGCGAGUGGGCCAGCUGCUGAACGCGGCGUGGAACCUCACGGACGUGUGUCGCUUCAAGCUGCUGCUGCCGCCCAGCAGCGCCAGUUCCGAGCUGCGGCGCGACAGCGUGGGCGCGGCGGCCGCCAGCACGCUGCCCGCCCCGGGGGGCAGCAGCGCGGGCAAGAACAGCCACAAGGAGACGGCCGACCGCCUGGACAUGCCGCCCCCUCCCUCCCCGGCCUCCAGCACCUGCAGCGACACGGGCAGCAUCACCACCAGCCACAAGAGGCAGAAACGACUGGUGCCGAAGGGCGAAGAAACGGAGAAGAAAGACGAAGAGGAGUGGCAGCUGAAAGAUGUAGUGUUUGUUGAAGACGUUAAGAGUAUUCCCGUUGGGCGCGUGCUGAAGGUGGACGGGGCCCACGUGGCGGUGCGCUUCCCGGGCACCAAGGACGGCAAGGAGAAGGAGCAGUCCCUGGACGACACCGUGAACCUCCUGCAGGACUGCCGCCUCAUGAGGAAGGACGAGCUGCAGGUGAUCAAGGCAGGCGCCACCUCGCGGGCGCCCGACUGCUUCCAGCGCAUCCCCCGCCGGGUCAGCAUCCCCGAGGGCGGCCAGAUCCUCACCGUCGCCGUCGACGGCCAGGGCAUCCACGCCAUCGUGAAGACGGGCAUGAAGCUGAGCUACGUGCUGUACAACCUGAGCAGCGGCCGGCCCGAGCAGGACAGUCCCUUCCCGUCGGACACGGCCUCCUUCAUGGGCCUGGAGCCGCGCAACAUCAGCCUCAUCAACGCCGGGGAGACGAGCGAGAGCGUGCUGAUCCUGCGGGACGGCAACGGCACCAUCUACCCGCUGGCCAAGGACUGCGUGGAGAGCAUCAGGGACCCCCUGUGGCUGGACCUGCCCCCGGUGCGCUGCAUGGGCGCCGGCACGCACGCGCUCAGCGUGGCCAGCAGUGCCAACCUGAAGAACCAGGUGGCGCUGGUGGUGCUGGCCCUGGAAAGCCAGCUGCUCAUGCCGCGCCUGCUGCGCUGCGACCUGGAGGGCGUGAGGCAGGUGCUGGCCGGCCUGGACGGCGACAACAAGCCGUAUGCCGGUGCAACAUCUGUGCUGCAGUUCGUGUUGAACGAGCGUUGCGACGGCAACAGAAACAUCCUGCACGCUUGUGUUGCCAUGUGCACUCCUUCCUCCAAUAAGGAGGACCAAGAGGGUGGCUGUGGCGUGAAGUCUGUAGACGUCAUCGCCAGCGCCCUGCGCUCUCGCUCGGGUUGCCUGCGCGAGAUGAUGGGACGGGCGACGGCAGCUGCUCAGUCCCUUGAACGAGAAAUAGCGAGCGACAACGGCAGCCACCAGGCGGCGGCGGAAGAGCCCAUCCCGACCAUCAGCUGGCCGCCGGAGACGUACGACCCCGCGUCGGGCGACGAGGACAGCCUCAUGGGCCUGGGGGCCUCCAGCACGCCCAACACGAAGCCAGCGACAAGCAGAAGCACCACCUACAUCGUGGACCCCGUGGAGCGCAAGAACAACGCCCUGCAGGCCCUGCGGCUGAUGUGCGACUGCCCGGCCCUGCAGCCCCACCUCAAAGACCUGCUCAGCGCCAAGGACGCGCAGGGGCAGACGCCCUUCAUGCUGGCCGUGCAGUGCCGUGCCUACCCGGCGGCCCAGGUGGUCCUGGACUCGGUGCAGCGCGUGACCCAGCGAGAGGUGCCGGACGCCGGCGGGGAGGCCCAGCACCGGGCCCUGGUGGCCGGCAUGGUGUACCCCGCGGGCUCUGCCCCCGACGACUCCCCCCUGCACGUCAUCUGCUGCAACGACACCUGCAGCUUCACCUGGACGGGUGCCGAGCACAUCAACCAGGACAUAUUCGAGUGCCGCACGUGUGGGCUGACGGGCUCGCUGUGCUGCUGCACGGAGUGUGCGCGGGUGUGCCACAAGGGCCACGACUGCAAGCUGAAGAAGACCUCGCCCACCGCCUACUGCGACUGCUGGGAGAAGUGCAAGUGCAAGGCCCUCAUCACGGGCCAGCAGACCGCACGGAUCGAGCUGCUGUGCCGCAUGGUGGCCGAGACGGACCUCGUGUCCCAGCCAAACAGCAGGGGAGAGAGCAUCCUGCUGUUCCUGGUCCAGACGGUGGGCCGACAGUCGGCGGAGCAGCGGCAGUAUCGGGCGUCUCGACCGAGGAGCGCUUCUGCGUCCAGUCGGAAGACACCUUCUUCAGACAUAGAACUGGACAUGCCCGACCACGACCUGGAGCCCCCUCGGUUCAGCAGGCGCGCGCUGGAGAGACUGCUCAACGACUGGCGUGCCGUGCGAGGCAUGAUCAUGUCAGGCGUGAAGGACAACCCUUCGACCCAGCAGCCAGUGUACGAGGACCAAGCGUAUUUGCAGUCGCAGAGCGGCACCACGCUGCUGGACAAGUUCACGUACUGCCUUCUGGUCAAGUGCAGCCCCGAGAUGCUGGACACGCUCCUGACGACUCUGGUGCGCGAGAUACAGAACGAGAUCGUGCCGGGCCGGUCCGACGAAGCCAAGGUGGUGGCUCGGCGGUUCGUUCGGUCGGUGGCUCGCAUAUUCGUCAUCUUCAGCGUGGAGAUGGCCCCCAACACCAGCAAGAGGCGAAGUGUUGGCAGCUUGUCCCAGCCGCUGGUGAAGUGCAAGCGUGUAUUCCAAGUGCUGAUCAAGAUUGCCAUUGAAGAGCUGUGCGAGACUGCUGAUUCGCUGGUCGCUCCGGUGAGGCUCGGUGUGGCUAGACCGACCGCCCCCUUCACCCUGGCCAACACAACUGCAGACGUCAUCAACCAGGACCUGUUCUCGGUGGAGCCGCUGGCUCCCCACAGCAGCUACGUGCCGGGCGCCCACUCCUCCUCUGGUACCUUGGGGGGGUCCUCGCGCAGCACCGACUCUGCUCGCAACAUGGACCUGGCCAACGUGGCGCGCGCCCGAGCCGCGGUCGCCGCCGUCAUGAUGCUGGACGACACCGAUGCCGUCGAAGGCAUGGGCGCGGAGGACGGGGACGGGGACGGCAGCGAGCCCGACGAGGCGGAGCGCGGGGGCGGCAGCGGCGUGGGGGGCGGCGAGCCCAUGGAGUCGGAGGUGGUGGACCUGGUGAACGGCCCCGGGGAGGAGCCCCCCGGCGACGGGGAGUCGGACAACGAGCUGGACCUGCUGGCGGAGACGGAGAGCGACAGCGACGACAACCACAGCAACCAGGACGCCGCGUCGGCGCAGCGCAGCGUGCAGACGGGGGCCACCGCGGGCUCCGACACAGGCAUUGCUUCCCUGUUGCUCUUCCCAGAGCCGGAGGACGACUCGGCGGAGUCCAGCCAGCAGGAGGACGACGAGUCGGAGGCCGGGGAGACGGACGAGCCCGACACGGAGGAGUUCGCGCUCUCCGACGAGCAGCUCGAGAGACGCAGCUCCAACUCGGGACACGGCCACCGCAGCAACCUCGCGCCCCAGUCCAUGCAGUGGGCCAUCCGCAGCCGCGAGACGGGGGCCCGCGCUGGAGGUAGGGGAGGUGUGCGGGUCGCGGGGGGCAGCAGCCUGGUGUUCAUAGACCCGUCGUCACUCCGGCGCUCCACCACCGCCACGGCGGCGGUGGCGGCGGCGGCCGCCAGCCAGGAGCCCGUCACCAUGGCGACCACGGCCAGCUGCCUGGCGCGGGCCUUCGGCAUCGUGAUCCGCCAGAUAGCCGACCUGCUCACCAUGCUGCAGGACUACCACGCGCUGGCCCCCAACCUGCCGCGCACGCUGCACGUCACCUACCAGGAGUCCAUCAACCUGCAGCUGUACCUGGAGUACCACCUGAAGCCCACCUGGGACUGGCUGCUGACGGUGAUGGACUCGACGGAGGCCCAGCUGAGGUUCGGGGCGUCGCUCACGCACUCGUCGGACCCCGCCCACCCGGGACACCCGCUCCACCAGGCGGCGGGGCUGGCCCUGGGGGCCACGAGCGGCCUGGGGGGCCUGCUGGGCCCCGCGGCGCUGUCCCUGUCGGUGCUGAGCAGCGGGGGCCAGGCCGGGACGCCCGGCGCUCCGUCGCGGGCCGGGGGCGCGCACCGCACCGUGGUGUCCACCAGCGCGGGCUCCGGCCACCGCAUCGUGGGCUUCUCGGCCAGCAGCGACGCCCCGCGCCCCGCCCGCGACCGAGAAGGUGAGCGCACCAACCUGCACUCGGCCAGACGGGACUUCCUGUCGUACUGCCUGUCGCUGAUGCGCGCGCACAACGGGGAGCACCUGGACAGCCUGCCCGUGCUGGACGUGUCGGCCCUCAAGCACAUCGCCUACGUGUUCGACGCGCUCAUCUACUACAUGCGCUCCGGCACCGAGAGCCCCGACGCCGACGCCCUCCGGGACGGCCUCAACCUCGACUCCUGGAACGACCAGGACGAGAACGACAACGAGGAAGGGGACGAGGAGCUGGCCCCCACGGUGGCCAUGGAGACGGAGGCGGUGGAGGAGCAGGAGGCGGGGGGCGCGGUGCCCGGGCCGCUGGGCCCCUCCGGCGCGGCCAGCGUGGGCAAGGGGCGCAAGAACUCGUUCCUGCAGCGCUCCGAGUCCACCCUGUGCCUGGGCUGCCCCCCGCCGGACCCCUUCGACACGCCCAUGUCGGAGGCCCUGCCGCUGGCCGACCAGCCGCACCUCCUGCAGCCCAACGCCCGGCGCGAGGAGCUGUUCGGCAUGCCCAAGCAGCCCAUCACCGUGCCGCCCUCAGGUGCGAGUGCCCCAGGAACGUACAACCCACUUGAAGUGUUGCCGACCCGGCUAGGGCUGUCGAUGAGAAGUGCGGACAACGGGACGAACGGACCGUUCAUGUCGACCAGUUCGGCCCACCUGGGUCCCGCGACGGUGGCCACCGCCGAGAGCAAAGCAGCUCAGGCGGGUCUGAGCCGUGCCAACUCGGAGGAUGCCGGCUCGGGCAGCAAAGAGCAACAGCUUCCGUUGGGCAGGACUAAUUUUGAAGCCUUGGACCACUUGUUGCACGAAAUGGAAGACGACGACCCGCAGUUCAAGAAGAAGUUUGCGGAGUCCAUGCGCGACCUGAGCGCGACCUCGGUCCUGCCGGGCAGUGCCGCGGCGGCCGAGGAGGGGCCCCAGGACCUGUCCUUCAACAAGGAGCAGCAGGCGUCCGUCACGAAGAUGGAGGUGGACCAGGACGGCGCGGCCGUGUUCGCCCAGAAGCCGGCGGCCGACAUGCCCGCCGACCUCAGCAAGCCCGGCACCAGCGGCUCCGCGCAGAGCAAGGACAUGGAGCUGGAGGACAUAGACUCCCCCUCGUCCCCGAGCGACUCUCCCGCGUCGCCCACCGACUCGCCCGUCUCGGCCGCCGACUCCCGGCCCUCCUCGCCGGUGCUGGGUCGCCUGGCCGGCCGAGAUGGGGCCACGUCUGAAGAGAACCGCAAGUUGCUGGAACAGAACAGAGCGCCGAUCAUCGUGUCUCCUCGCAAGGUGGCGGCCGCCCUGGCCAAUGCGCUGGCGGGCUUCUCCGGGGGCAGCGCGGCCGCGCAGGAGAAGAGCGGUGGGCCGGCCGUGAAGAGUGUGAUAGUGCGUGCCGGGCCCGCCAGCAACACGACACCGCCCUUGCAUCAGACGGAUGCACCAGAUAUACUGGUGGUCCCGUCUGCCGACUCGAGACAGCCUGGGGACACGGGCAUGGACGGCAUGCCCAACGACAUAUCAGCCCACGUGACGGUGGAGACCUCUCGUUCCCAGGACCAGCCCAGUGUGUGGUGCAGGCCGCACCCCACCAUCGGCCAGUCGGUGUCCCACGACCUGCUGCUGGGGCGCUGGCGACUGUCGCUCGACCUGUUCGGGCGGGUGUUCAUGGAGGACGUGGGCCUGGAGCCCGGCUCCGUGGUGUCCGAGCUGGGGGGCUUCCCCGUCAAGGAGGCCAAGUUCCGUCGCGAGAUGGAGAAGCUGCGGAACGCCCAGCAGCGGGACCUCACCCUCUCCAAGGUGGAGAGGGAGCGGAACCAGCUGAUCAUCCAGACCAUGAAGGAGCUGAACACGCAGUACAACAACUACCACCGCCGGGCGUCCAGCUCGCAGCCGCCGCUCGCCGUCAACCGGGUCAAGGUGACCUUCAAGGACGAGCCCGGGGAGGGCUCGGGGGUGUCUCGCAGCUUCUACACCGCCAUCGCAGAGGCUCUGCUGGCAAAUGAGAAACUACCAAACUUGGAAUCUGUCCAAGUAGGGACAAAGUAUGCACCCUACAACGUGUUGCAGAGACUGCGCUCCAGGGAAAGAGAAACUGUGCGGAGACAUUCUCAGACCCAGCGGUCGUCGCCGCGCAGCCGGGAGCCGCGGCGAGCGCUCUCGUACGAGGCGCGGCCCUUCUCGCCCAGCGGGGCGGAGGGCGGCCAGGCCGGCCACAACGAGCACCUGACGCUGCACCAGCAGCAGCUGGGGGACCGCCUGUUCCCCAAGGUGCAGGCCCUGCGCCCCAACCUGGCCAACAAGAUCACGGGCAUGCUGCUGGAGCUGUCCCCCGCACAGCUGCUCAUGCUGCUGGCCUCGGAGGACGCGCUGCACCUCAAGGUGGAGGAGGCGGUGGAGCUGAUCCUGAGCCACGGCCAGGAGCUGGCCUCCGAGGCUCUGCUGGACCUGGAUGUGUUCAGUCUGUCGGAGCGAGCCAAGAAGCCGCGCCCCUCCGAGGGAGAAGACCCCGCCGAGGACGCAGCUGACGACAACGCCCCGCUCUUCUACAGCCCGGGCAAGCGCGGCUUCUACUCCCCGCGCCAGGGCAAGGCCAGCUUCGAGCGCGUCAACGCCUUCCGCAACGUCGGCAGAUUGCUGGGGUUGUGCCUGCUGCAGAAUGAACUCUGUCCAAUUUUCUUGAACCGCCAUGUCAUGAAGUACAUUCUGGGGAGGCCCAUCAGGUUCCACGACAUGGCGUUCUUUGAUCCUGUGAUCUACGAAAGCCUGAGGCAGUUGGUGGUCGACGCUGAGACGAAAGGAGACACAAGUGGGUUCUUCUCUGCCCUGGACUUGUACUUCAGCUUGGACCUGAGCGUGGAGGAAGGAGGGGGCUCCGUGGAGCUGCUGCCAGGGGGCAGAGACCUGGAGGUGACUGCCAACAACGUGUACGACUACGUGCGCAAGUACGCAGAGUACCGCAUGAUCAAGUCCCAGGAGAAGGUUCUUGAGGCGGUCCGGACGGGAGUGUUCGACGUGCUGCCCCCGGGAGCGCUGGACGGCCUCACGGCGGAGGACCUGCGACUGCUCCUGAACGGCGUCGGAGACAUCAACGUCGCGGUGCUCAUCUCGUACACCAGCUUCAACGACGAGUCGGGGGAGUCGAGCGAGCGCCUGCUCAAGUUCAAGCGCUGGCUGUGGUCCAUCGUGGAGAAGAUGACGCACGUGGAGAGACAGGAUCUGGUGUACUUCUGGACGGGGUCUCCCGCGCUGCCCGCCAGCGAGGACGGCUUCCAGCCCAUGCCGAGCGUGACCAUCCGGCCGGCGGACGACUCGCACCUGCCCACGGCCAACACGUGCAUCUCCAGACUCUACAUCCCGCUGUACAGCAGCCGCGCCGUGCUGCGGCACAAGCUGCUCCUCGCCAUCAAGACCAAGAACUUUGGCUUCGUGUGAACCGUGCGUUGUAUUCCAUAGUCAAAUAAAUAUUGGUUUCCCAUGGUGUCGCGUGAGUGAGUUUUCCGGUCGUGGAUGGUAGUGUGAGAAUAAUUUUCAAACGAAGUAGGUUGGCUGCAUCUCAUUUCAAUUAAUGUGCUGUAUUUAUAUCAUCCUUGGUAACAGCUUCAAAUUGUGAAGGUGCCUGCAGUGUUAUUUGCUGUGCAUGCAAAUUCAUUGGAGGAGUUUAGACGUGGACGCUCGAUCGGUGGGUCUGUGUACAUACUGUUGUGGCAACAAUGGAGUGUUGGUAAAUAACUCUGUAAUGUUCCAUGCAAUGUUUUCCUGUGUUCAUUAUGUAUUGUAAAAUAUUCUAUAUGUAAGGUAGAGAAUUUUGAAAUUGUUACAAUACCAUGCCAUGUGUUAUGAACACUACCUACAUGCAUGUGUAUGUUGUAUUGAUUAGCACGGUGCAAAAAAAAAUGUGAGAUCAAUGAAAAUUUAAAUACCAGACAUAUGAUACUUUGGUGCGCAUGAAAUAAAUACAAACUUUUAUGCUUUUUCCGUUACUGUUUUGUACACAUAUUGCAUUGUUCAUUGUUUACUUCCUAUACUUGUAGAAAUAGAUGUAAUUACUUGCUGUCUGUGAAGUGUUUUUUUUUUUUUUUUGUGCUUGAACUGGAUGAAGCAAAAGUGUAUUGAGUAAAUCACGAACGCUUAGGAAUACGUCUAACAAUGUAAUAAGCAGCAUAAACUAUAAUUCCCGGUUCAGAGACAUUAUAUGACCAGACAUUGCGUGAAUUUAACGUUGACGAAUAUGUAAUUAAAAAAAAUCCCAAAAGUGA